AUGAGAAAUUCAUACGAAAGGACAGUAUGGUCAUUUUCAAGGAUACAGGGAAUUAUAGAGAAUGAAUACAGGCAUUUUAACGACAGAAAGUGGCUUGAAAGUUAUAGAGUUCCCAAGACAAUCUUCUCUCAACUUUGUACCUUUUUCAACAGUUUAUGUGGUAAAACCACGCAAAUGCGAAAACCUGUACCUGUACAAGUCAUCACUGCAAUGGUUUUAAAAAGACUAGGUAAAGGUUUAGACUAUCGAGAGAUUGGCGAUAAGUUCGGAGUUGGUGCAUCAACUGCCAAUGAAAAAGUAAACGAUGCUAUGCUAUUUCUUAUAAAAAAUAAACUACACACAAUCAGUCGACUGCAAGAGCGUAGGAAUUUGGCUGCAAUUAUUGGUGGCUUUCUAGAGAAAUGGAAUUUACCACAAUGUUUGGGUGCUAUUGAUGGCACACACAUUCCAAUUAAAGCACCAGAACAUU